UACGAAUUCACUCAAGGUCAAAGUGGCUUAGUAACCACAUUAAAACCUAUUGUCGAACAUUGGUCUUACCCUCAGUUCGCAAAAGCAGUCCUUGACAACUACAACAAAUUCUUCUCCGAAGUCAAAUCGAAAGUGAAGGUUUACUAUGAGAACAUUGACGCACUCAUGACGAACGAAGAAGGAUACAACAAACUCAUUGAAAUGGGUUUAGUCGGUGAAAAGAUGGGUCGAUUCAAAUUGGACAAAAUUUUCACCGAAGUUCAUGUAAUAUCGAAAAGGAAAUAUUGGGGCAUACUUGAAGACGGCACAGAAAUAAAACAUUGCAUGAAAUAA